AUGACCCGAGUGGGCAACCGAUUAGAUGUGAUGUGUUUGAUUCUCAUCCUGAGCAGCACCAAGGCCAACGGCCACUGGAGAAGGAAAACCGCUAAUGUAGCUAUCACCUUCUUGAUAGCUCUUAUGAUCCAUGGCGGCGGCUUCGUGAUAGGGUCCAAGGCUUUAAUUCCUCCCUUUCAGAUCGGAAAAUUAGUCGAUGAAGGCUUUGUUGUCGUUUGCCCAGACUAUCGACUGUGUCCAACAAUCAAUGUGCAUGAUGGCCCCCUGGCCGACGUGAGAGAUGCAUAUAGCUGGAUUCAGGAGGAACUUCCACGUCUCGUCCCCGACGUGCUGAUCGACCGUCAGCGAAUUGUCGCGAUAGGGUAUUCCGCUGGGGGUACCCUGGCGUUGUUACUAGUCAGUUGA